UCUCAAAAUCAUCCUUCAAUCACUUCCCACUCUUUUCUGCUUCAUUUCUCCCCUUACAGUUUCGGAUAACGCCCCUCAAUGGCCGCCUCUACUUCCAUCUUUUCACCCACCGCUGCCGCCGUCAUCUCCUCCUCCUCCUCCUCCUCCUCCUCCUCCUCCUCCUCUACCCACCGACCACUGUUGUACAAUUUCCCCUCAAAGAUCACGCCACAAUUCAACAGACCCACCACACGCAUCCUCGUCUCCUCCUCCUCCUCCACCAACACUUCUCGCGCCGCCGCUGCCGCUUCGAAAAACGCCGCCGAGGAAAUCGUGUUCUUCGACGGGGGCGCUCACUAUGGCGACCUUGUAGCUAACCUUCUUCUGGGUUUUACUCUUCUAUGGCUGCCCUUGACUGUGGCCGCAGUUUCCAGGGCGUUUAACCUCAGGUACAGAUUCACCAACCUGCGGGUCACGGUCAUUUCAGGACUGACGGGUGAGGACAGAAGUGAUUUCUCAUACCAGGUGAUCAAGGACGUUCAGGUGGUGCCACGUUUCAUUGGGGAAUGGGGUGACGUUGUGAUCACUCUCAAGGACGGCACCAAAGUGGAUCUUAGGAGCGUCCCCAAGUUCAGAGAGAUCGCCAAAUACUGUCUCUCAAUGGCUGAUAAACCGGCUGUUCCAAAAGAGAGUGGCCCCAAAGGAUUUUAGACACCACCGAUUCAGUUCUUCUGUUUCUUUGCGAGAGAUAUGUACGUAAUUCUAACUUUUACUCUUUUUAUUUUAUUUUUUCAAUUUCUUCUUGGGAUUCUGAUGGAGAGUGUAUCAUUUCAAAAUGUGUAUCAGAAUGGGUAACUAGAUUGCAUAUACAGUUCUGUAUUGAAUUUUUCAAACAAUUCAUGAUUACUUCUUGAGAGUAACUCGUGCAGCGGAUUGAGAUGUUGUGCGUUUUGCUCUA